GCUGCACACUGAGGCGAACGCCACCAGCUCAUUAUCCCCUCAGCCAGACAAGAGGAAGCAGGCAGAAGUUGCAACAUCAUCCAGACUUGACUGGAGUUGGAUGGUCGCUUUUCCAUCAUGCUCAAGUCUCUGUUUGUGUAUGGAGUGCUGGGAGUGCUGCUGAUCCCAGCAGCUUGCGAGCAGAUCACUGUAUGUGUUGAAGAUGACGAGGACCUGAGAGUAGACUGCCUGGUCGAGCCCAAGGCGAAUAAGAUCAACAGCUAUGAGUUCUCUUGGUCCUCUGGAUCCAAAGAAACUCUAAUUAACACAAAUGUGUCGGGUUCUUCUGCAGAAAAUGAGUUCAAAGCCAAAAGCACUGUUGAGGAGCUCAGUCCACAUGGCUACAGAAUGACCCUGAAAGGCUUCAAAGAUAAACUCCCCCACAACACCACCUACAUGUGCAAACUAUCCGGCCAGGUUGCCAGUGUCAGUAUAGAGAAAGAUCAUCUUGUCGAGUGUUCAGCUGUCAGCGUGUUUCUGCAGAGCUCCUGCUCCUGGAUCGUUUGUCUGCUGCUCUUCUUCUAUCAAACACACAGCUAAACAACCAGGCUUGUGCUGACUCUAACACACACACACACACACACACACACACACACACACACACACACACACACAUAUAACCAUGCCUAACACACAUCUUCCACAAAUACAAACAUCCCUUAAAUAACCAGAAUGUUUUGUCUGUUAAAAAGAUGUUACCAACAGCUUGCAACUUGUCUCUCCUUGUGUUUUCCUCUCAAAUGCACUGAAAUGUAACUCUCGCUGAUGAAUGAAGAUAACUUGUAAAAUGAUUCAACAGAAAUGUUUAGAGAUGUGCUUUUUUUGCUGUGGAGACACACAGAGCUGUACGUGUAAUACACUGACUACCUUGCCAUGUAAAUAUUACUUUGGAAGCUGCAGCCAUUGUUUUCAAUAAAGGUAUGCUAUUUAAAGUCA